AUGACACAAACUGCUCUUCCAAGGCAAUGCAAAAUUCAAGAAUGUAAAAAGGCGGAACCACAUAUAUUUGACCCAUGCAGUGAGAAACAUUACUAUGUUUGUACCAAUCCCAAAACUCGGAUGUUAUGUCCAAACGGCACUCAUUAUUCAAAAGGAAAAGGAAAAAAUCUUCAUUGUUUGCACAUUUACAAUACCAUUAGUGAAAAGAAAAAAUUCUGGAAGACUUGUAAAUUCUCAAACAACUUUUCUGUGGAAGAUUGCAGGAAAAUCUGGCCAAAAGAUGCAUCUCAAUGGAACACAACAUUGCCAGAAUCUUCACAAGAAACCAACUUUUCACAUCUGUUCCCAGCCAUGCUCAUAUCGUUUUACAUGAUAUGUCUUUUGGGUUUAAUUAUUUUUCUUCUGAUAAAAAGGAAAAAUUUGAAAAUAAGAAAUAACAAUGACAACAUGAACAAAAACAACCAACAACCAGAAAAAGAAAAUGAAGAUUCUGUUUAUGAAGAAAUAGAUGAAACUCAAAUGAUAGACACAAUUCCAGCUCAAAUGAUUGCCUCACCAGAAAUAUAUAACAGAUUGGAAAACAUUCAAAACAUACCAUAUAAAAAAGAUUUGCAUGAAAGCAAAUUUUUUAACAAAGAUAGCCUUACUGACAUGGACACACAAGAAGAACAGUACAAUGUUCUGUAUGUUGCAGGAACUCAAGAAGAUUUUAAAUCCAAUGAAAAGCCACCCGAGGGCUGUGUAUAA